GAGACUAUCUCAACUAUAUAUAUUGACAAACAGCAAAACAACUUUUCCAACUAUAAAUUAAUAUCUUCCCCAAAGAUAAGAAAAAGAAAGAUGACUGACGUAUAGGGUAGCUUAGCUUGAAGAUAUAUACAAUUUUUUUUUUUUUUUUUUGCUUCAAAUCAAGUAAAGAAGGUCUAUUUUCCCACGUAGUUCGUCGUAUUUUAGAGCCAAACUGAUGGGAGAAGAGUGUGCAGACACGAAGAUGGAACGAGUUCACUUCGUUCUAAUCCAUGGGGUUGGAGGAGGAGGGUGGUGCUGGUACAAAAUGAGGUCUCUUAUGGAGAAUUCUGGCUAUAAAGUGACUUCUCUUGACCUUAAAGGUGCUGGCAUCGAUCCAUCUGACCCAAACAUAAUCCUUUCCUUUGAUGACUAUAACAAGCCUCUUGUUGAUCUUUUGUCAUGUUUGCCUGAUGAUGAACAGGUAAUAUUGGUAGGACAUAGCGCUGGAGGACUGAGUGUGACGGAUGCAACCCACAAAUUCCCAAAGAAAGUAAAGGGGGCAGUGUAUAUAGCAGCAACCAUGUUGAGAACUGGUUUUGUGUCUGAACAAGAUGUUCAAGAUGGAGUCCCCGAUUUAUCAGAAUUUGGAGAAUUUGGUGAUGUAUAUGACAUGGAGUUCGGAUUAGGACCCGAAAAGCCUCCGACCAGUGUAGUUGUUAAGCAAAGUUUACAACGGAAAUUGAUUUACCAAAUGAGCCCACUUGAGGACUCAACGUUAGCGGCAAUGCUGUUGCGUGCAGGGCCAAUUCAAGCGUUACAAAGUGCUCGAUUUAAAGAAGGAGAGGGCGCGGACAGUGUGCCUCGAAUAUACAUACGAGCAACGAAUGAUCGAAUGUUGAAGCCGGAGCAACAAGAUGCAAUGAUCAGAAAAUGGCAACCACAACAUGUGUACACAUUGGAAAGCGAUCAUAGCCCGUUCUUCUCUGCUCCUUUCGCGUUGUUCGGUCUGCUUGUCAAGGCUGCUGCUUCCUUUCGGUGCAGUGACUAAGAUAGUCUCAUCUGGAUUUCUGUUCAUGCUAGCUCCAGGUCUUGAAUUCAAGAAUUGAAGGAUCAAUAAGUAGUGCAUUAGAUAAUAAAAUACAGGAUAUGGAAACUGUCUCACGACAAGGCCCAUUAGCUCAGUUGGUUAGAGCGUCGUGCUAAUAACGCGAAGGUCGCAGGUUCGAGACCUGCAUGGGCCAAUGCUUUUUUCGCGCUCGAUUUUAUUGGCCGCCACGAUGAGUGAUUCGGUGAAUUUGGACACAAAGACGACAAGAAAAGGAAUUAACAAAAAUAUGCCUACUUUUGAGUCAUUGUGUACCAUUUGUUUCUCCCUUUUUUUUUUUUGGGAUAGCGUCAGAAAGGAUUAGCUAUUCAAUCUCCUCCAUUAAAUUUGCAAAAGAUACUUCUGAAACCCCAAACAUAAAGGGAACUUAGUGCGCCGGAUUGUGUUUUUUAUUUUUUAUAUAUACACACAUGGAUGUUCUACCUUUCUUUAAUUUUUGCAAAUAUUAUUUCAGACUUGAAAUCUCGAAGAUAAACUAAUUGGUAUCUACAUUUUACAUUGCAUUAAGAUCAAUUAUUCAAUCAUUGGAUCUUAAGGCCCCGUUUGGACAUGGUUUGAAAUCUGGUUUGAAACCAUGUUUGGACAUGUAAUUUGAAUAUUUUAAGGAGUAUUUUUUCUCAUAAACGAUGAGUGAUUCGGUGAAUUUGGACACAAAGACGACAAGAAAAGGAAUUAACAAACAUAUGCCUACUUUUGAGUCAUUGUGUACCAUUUGUUUCUCUUUUUUUUUUUUUUUUUUUUUUUUUUUUUUUUUUUUUGGGAUAGAGUCGGUAAAGGAUUAGCUAUUCAAUCUCCUCCAUUAAAUUUGCAGAAGAUACUUCUGAACCCCCACACAUAAAGGGAACUUAGUGCGCCGGAUUGUGUUUUUUAUUUUUUAUAGAUACACACAUGGAUGUUCUACCUUUC